GUAAUAAGACAAAUUUUACAUUUAUUUUAAAUUCGCGGCCAAUCUUCUUUUUCCAUCCAAUAGUUGAAAAGAAAGAGCCUCUCGAAUGACGUUUUCUCGUAGCAGCUCGAUUACGUUCUUCAUUCUAGCUUUAUUCGCCGUCUUAAUUAAUCCGGCGAUCUCUUCUCGCGCCUCGUCCUUCACCAAGCCGCCUCUUUCUUCUAUCGCUUCAUACUGCGAGAGUUGGAGAUUAGCCGCCGAGACCAACAAUGCUGGAACUUGGAAGGUGGUUCCGUCCCAAUGCGAAAACUACGUUAAAAACUAUAUCAGCGAAGGGCAGUUCGACAAAGAUUACGAUCUAGUUGCUAGUUACGCUAUCGCCUACGCUAAAACGGUCAAGCUUGGCCGAGACGGCAAGGACGCGUGGGUCUUUGACAUCGAUGAGACGCUUCUCUCCAAUAUUGAGUACUACAAGGCUCAUGGUUACGGGUCUCAACCUUAUGAUAAUACUCUAUUCAAUGAGUGGGUGGUAAAAGGAACAGCCCCAGGGUUUGAUGCGAGCUUGAGACUCUACAAAGCCCUCAAGAAACUUGGUUUCACUAUCAUUUUACUAACCGGCCGAGAUGAAAGUCAGAGAAGUAUAACCGAGAAAAAUCUUCGGGACGCCGGUUAUUUCGGUUGGAACCGACUCCUCUUGAGGGGUAAAAAUGAUCAAGGGAAAGCAGCAACAUUGUACAAAUCAGAGCAAAGAUCAAAAGUGGUUAAAGAAGGCUACACAAUCCAUGGAAAUACCGGCGAUCAAUGGAGUGACUUGCAAGGUUUUGCCGUGGCAGCUCGUUCUUUCAAAGUUCCUAAUCCCAUGUACUAUAUUCCUUGAUCAUCUGCCAUUGAUAUGUUGCAUGAUAAUUUCGCAUUUAUGUAUGAAUAAGAAUUUAUGAAUGUAUUCCAUAAUUCACCAAAUGUAGCCAUUCUUAAUGUACCACGUCCUAUUUUUACUA